AUGUGUCUCUCUCCAAAACCUACCAUCAAAGGUGAAAUUCAUGAACACCCAUUCAUCUUAUUUUGGAGACAAGUCCCAUUCAUUUGUGAUGCAUGUGGAACAAGCGGAGAUUGUGUCUCUUAUAUCUGUUCUCCAUGUGGACUUAUAGUCCAUGAGAAGUGCAUUUCAUUGCAACCCUUCAUCAAAAGGUUUCCACGACACAGUCAUCCGAUUUCGCACACUUUCUUCCUUGGGAAACACGAGAUCGAAACAGGGAAAUGCAGAAUUUGCUCCGAGGAGGUGAAUUCGAACCACGGGUGUUACUGUUGUUCUGGCUGUAAUUAUCUUGUCCAUGCAAAUUGUGCAAAAAAAGAUUACAGUUUGUUGACGAAAACGGUUUCAGAUAACCCCGCAUGCCAAGGGCAUGAACACAUCCUUACCUUUUACGAUGAGUAUGAAGGGCAAUGCAAUGGUUGUGUAAAUGAACUAGUUGUUGCGUUUGCAUGCAAAGAGUGCAAUUUUUCUGUGCGCUACCGUUGUCUUAGGCUUCCCAACAAGAUUCUACACAAGUGUGAUGAACAUCCCCUCAUGCUUACGUAUCAUGAAGAUAACAGUUAUUCAAAAUAUCAUUAUUGUGAUGUUUGUGAAACAAAAAGAAAUCCAAGCCAGUGGUUUUAUCAUUGUGCAAUCUGUGACAAUUCUGUUCAUCGCAAGUGUGCUAUUGAUAAAUACUCAUUUAUGAAGAUCGGGAAGACCUACACAGCAACGGAACAUCCACAUCCACUCACUUUCGUCCGAAAAGUCUUCGACUACCCUGAAUGCCAUGGAUGUCAUCGGCAUUGUGAAGAUCUAUCUGUUGAGUGUCUACAGAAUGGGUGUAACUACAUUGUUCACUGGAAAUGUAUCGAUCCUCUAAUCUAUCUGCCUGGCCCAUCGAUAUAG